CGUCACCUAGUUACAGUAGCUAACGAACCCACACACACUCUUCUGUGCCUACUUGAGGUGGACAACUGAAACAGCCUGUUUUAGCUCUUAUCUUCAAACAACAUCUUUCUAGACAGCAUUUCAAGAUAUACAGGGAAAUAAAAUGAAGACGUUAGCUUUGUGUUUUGGAGAUUUAGUUUGACAGUGUCGCGGUCGCGCAUGUUUUGAUGUGAAUUUCAGAAGGAUUGUGUUAUGUCUGGCCAUGUGUGAACCCCCAUGACUUCCGGGAAUAUUUGGAAGACACGCUCCAGAAAUGUACAGCCCCAAAGAGCUAGAGGGAGAAGUUUACCACUCGUUCUUUGACAGUGACUGUGAAGCUAGUGGACUUGCUUCUAAUGAUGGGCAGCUCAAUAAACAGAAGGCCAUGGAAAGACGAGAUAAGAAAACAGGUGAAGAAUCCCAUGUUUCAAUGGAUCAGAUAGGAAGUGAAGCUCAAAGUGUAAGGAACAGUAAAGAUAAAGCAAAACUGGAUGAUGAUUCAAAGCGGGGCAGCAAGGGGCAAAGUGAUGAGACAGCAUAUGAAAGAGAGCGACGAAGUAGUGAUGGAUUUUUCAAAGGCUCUUCAUCACUCCCAAGUGCCAAAAGUUUAGAGACCGUGAACAAUGGGCAAUCAGAUGAAGGAUCUAGUCUGCAUUCAUACUUAUCUGAUGAGGAAAGAGAGCUGGAUGAUGAUUUUAAACUGAGUAAACACAAUGUUAAUGUUAACAGCGAUGAUGAUGGAUACCAUCGUAGUGACGAUGAAAGUGAGGAGGAUGUGAUAUCCCCAGUCACGCGAUCAAUGAAACAUAAGGAAGUGUCCAACGGAACACCUAAAAAAUCUGCGGGAAAAUUCCACAAGCUGAGCUGUAGCCGUUCAUCACAAUCUGACCCUGAGUCCUCCCCCAGUAGUGAAGAGAGAAGCUUUUUUCAAUCUCAGAAAUCACCUGUAAAAGAUCAGCGGGUCGGUUCAGUUUACCAGAAAGAACGACAAAAAGAAACGUCAGAAUCUGAAGACACAGUUACUGAUGUUACCCCUCUCUCGUCACCAAAUGUUAGUCCUUCUCAGUUCAUUGAUGUGUUUCUGCCUUUUGAACUUGUGGCAAAAGAUGUUCAACAGGAACAACAGCCCAGUGUUACUGAGAAGAAGGUUUCAAAUGAUGUUUCAGAUGGUCAGGACAGUAUAAGUUCAGAAGGAGAGGAUGGACCAGCGUUUUUAAAUGCAGAGAAACAAUUAAACCGAGUACUUAUGGUCUCCAGUCCUGGCAGUGUUGGCAGCAGCCGUAAGAACUAUUCCUUCAAAAAUAAAGAGGUACGGGAUAUCGAUCGGGAGAACCAGCGGCUAUUAUGUGAACUGUCCCGGUCAUCGGCACGUUCACGUAACGACAGGUCUUCCUGCUCGAAAACCAGCAGUCGCAGGAGUAGUGCACCACCCAUACGCCUUUAUCACAGCACCCUCAACAGACAACGAGAGCAAGAGCGAAUUCAGAAGGAAAAUCUGGCAUUCCUGAAGCGUCUAGAAUCUGUGAAGCCCACUCCUGGCAUGACCCGAGAUGAACAGCUUGCUGAUUACCAGCGGCAGUGCCAUUACCUGGGAACACACAGUACAGCUAUUCCACCAGUCAAACUCAAGUCCAGCAAAACACCUGGAAGGACUUCAAGACCUGGCAGUAGUCCUCACAAAUCUAGACCGGAAACUGCUAAACUCAACAGUACAACACCACGUCCUGCUUGGUCCUGAUCCUCAUAUUUUUUCCUUCUCUUUCUCUACCCCUAACACUUUCACUUACAUGUUCUGUAAGUAGAAAAUAUGACUGCAGGUCACAACACAAAACCU